AUGCUCUGCUACGUUAAAGAUGCAAAAGGCAUCCGCCUCUGGAUCGCCAAGCGCUCGAUGCAGAAACAGACCUAUCCGGGUAUGCUGGAUUGCACUGCCGCCGGGGCCCUGAGUGCGGGAGAGUCGCCGCGAAGUGCGAUGAUCCUCGAGGCUACAGAGGAGGCGUCUAUCGAGCGUGAGAUCAUCGAGAAUGGCAUGAGAUACGUCGGGUCUAUCUCGUAUUUCCACAUGAAAGGCUCGUCUAUUGCCUUGAGCGAGGGCUCCUCGACAGCCGUUCUGUUACCUGAGGUCGAAUACCUAUAUGAGCUUCAGCUGGAUGAAGGUAUUGUCCGGCCGAAGGAUUCAGAGGUUGAAGACUUUCGGCUUUGGAAUGUGGACCAGGUGCUUAACGCCUUAGGCAAAGGAAUGUUUAAACCGAAUAGUGCGGUUGUGGCCAUCGACCUUUUUAUUCGCCAUGGCGUCAUAUCACCAGAGACAGAGCCAAUGUAUGAAGAGAUUAUAAUACCGUUUCCUACAGCAAACCGGUCCAUAUAA